UGCAGUGGUCGUCUUCGAGAUCCCCCCCGUAAGCUUUAUCGAGCUCUGUUCCACCAAAACAAUGGAUUACCUCAAAAGCGUCGUUCCUUCACAGCUCAUUGCAGAGCGCGGCUCCAAUCUGGUCGUCAUCAAUCCAGGUUCUGCAAAUGUUAGAAUUGGCUUUGCUCAUCAAAAUGUGCCCUACAAUAUUCCUCAUUGUAUUUCAAGAUAUGUGAAGUCUGGCCAGCAAAGACAUGUUCAGGAUCAGAUGCUCAACACUCAAGCAACUCCUGCCCAAAACAUGGAACGUGAGAAGGCUUAUGAUAUGAUUGCAUCUUUCCUAAAAGUACCAUUUCUGGACGAAGAAGCUACAAACAACUCUUUACCCCGUAAGGUGGGACGUGUAGAUGGAUUUGCACAUCAUAGUAGACAUGAUUCGCCUAUCACCUGGACAAACGUCUUGGAACAGAAAUCCAAUUCUCACACUUCGAAAGACGGGGAACCAUCUGAAUCUUUUGUUCCUGGCGACUCUGAUUCUGAAGAAUAUAAAUUCAAGGAAUUUUUUUGUGGGGAGGAAGCCCUUGGAAUUUCACCUUCUGAACCAUACUGCUUAAGUCAUCCGAUUCGUCGUGGCCAUUUUAACAUUUCUCGGGAUUAUCCGUUACAGCAGGUGAUUACCGAUCUAUGCGUGAUUUGGAACUGGAUAUUGGUUGAUAAGUUACAUAUUCUUCCUGUGGAUAGAAGCUUGUAUUCGGCUGUGCUUGUUUUGCCCGAGUCAUUCGAUAAUCGAGAGAUUAAAGAAAUGCUAUCUAUCGUCUUACGGGAUUUGGGGUUUGGCACAGCCGUUGUACAUCAGGAAGGACUUGCGACGGCUUUUGGAAAUGGACUAUCGACGGCUUGCGUAGUAAACAUUGGUGCUCAAGUUACAUCUGUAAUUUGUAUUGAGGAUGGAGUUGCUUUACCUUCAACAAUAAUUACAAUGCCAUAUGGUGGAGAGGACAUUUCAAGAUGCCUUUUGUGGGUUCAACGCCGUCAUCAUGCUUGGCCGAGUAUAAAUACAGAUCCGGUAACAAAGCCAAUUGACAUGCUCAUGCUGAAUAAAAUAAAAGAGUCUUAUUGCCAGAUUAGAGAGGGCGAGUUUGAUGCUGUGGCGAUUGUUCACUCUUGUGAGGAAGGCAAGCCUCCUGGUUCACACAAGGCUAGACUGGCUGCCCUCAAUGUUCCUCCUAUGGGUCUCUUCCAUCCAACUCUCUUUGUCCCAGAAGAAUACCCACCACCACCCCGCUCAUGGUUCCAUGACCAUGAAGAUAUGCUAGAAGAUACUUGGCAUAUGGACUUUGCCAGAAGACCCGACAUGUCCGACGGUUUCUAUCUUGGCACUAACGGCACUGGUGUUUCCAUGUGGGAUACUUAUCAAGUUUACCCUACAAGACUCAAAAAAUAUGAAAUGGUUGGGCUUGCAGAGGCAAUCACCACUAGUAUUCUUUCAACAGGCCGGAUAGAUCUUCAAAGGAAGUUAUUUUGCAGCAUACAAAUUAUUGGUGGAGUUGCUUUGACACCUGGUCUUGUUCCUGUGGUUGAAGAGAGAGUUUUGCAGGCCAUCCCUUCAAAUGAAGCAAUUGAUACUGUUGAGGUGCUGCAAUCAAGAAGUGAUCCUUCAUUUGUUUCAUGGAAAGGUGGCACAAUUCUGGCCAUUCUUGACAUCAGCCGGGACGCAUGGAUCCAUAGAGAGGACUGGAUUCAGAACGGAAUACACAUAGGAAGUGCCAGAAAACUCAGGGAUUCUUACUAUCUUCAAGCCCAGGCGAUGUGUUAUAUUAACUCCUAAAUUACCAUUUUGUCAUGUUUCAUAAAAUCUGCAUUUAUUUGUAACGGAAAUGUUUCCCAUCUGUAUCUGGAAUGUAUACGAAUGUAAAUAUAGCAAUUAUAUUUCAUCUAUUUUAAAUGUUUUGAGGUAUUUAUUA